AGAUAAAUGGUUAGUUUUUAGGUCACUUCCUAAGGCCAGGUCUGGGUUCAUGGUCCACGUAUGCGCCACUCGAUAACCGGUGAAGUGUAAACAGGGAUUUUAGGCUGGGCUUCGUUAAACACGGGGCUCACAGGUCUUGUCCGCCCCCCUUCCACCCCAGCAGGAGCAGCUUCAGACAGUCUGCAACAGCUCUGGUCUGCACAGAGUCAUAACCGCUCAGAGACGAGCUGCAUACUACAUACUGCACGUUCAGCAUCAUUAAAAUCAUGACCAACGAGUCUCUUCACGUCAACAUAGACAAGUGGAUCGCAGAGAAUGAGCAUUCAUUCCUGCCUCCAGUGUGCAACAAAUUAAUGUUCUUCCAUCAGUUAAUCAUCAUGUAUGUCGGUGGCCCCAACAUACGCAAGGAUUAUCACAUAGAGGAGGGUGAAGAGCUGUUUUACCAGAUUAGAGGAGACAUGGUCCUGAAAGUGAUAGAGAAUGGAAAACACAAAGAUGUGCAUAUCCGUGAAGGAGAGAUGUUUCUGCUGCCAGCACGGAUCCCUCACUCUCCUCAGAGGCAGGCCAACACGGUGGGUCUGGUGGUGGAAAGGAGGAGACUGCACUCAGAGACAGACUGCCUCCGGUACUAUGUGGAUAACAGCACAGACAUCCUGUUUGAACGCUGGUUUUACUGCGAGAACCUGGGCACCCAACUAGUUCCAGUUAUUAAGGAGUUUAUGGCCUCAAAGCAGCAUAAGACUGGGAAACCUGACCCAGCUGACCCCAUCAAGCCUGCGCCUUUUCCACUCAACAAUAUGAACGUAAUGACCACAUUCUGCUUCAAAGACUGGGUAGAAAAGCAGAAGCCUGCACUGGCGAGUGGACGGCCUGUGGACAUGUUUGGAGCUCAGUUUGAGACUGAGACUAUACUCUAUGGUCCAGGAGAGACUGAGCCUUCCAAAAGAACCACUGAUGGCUGGAUCUGGCAGCUGGAGGGGUCCUCAAGUGUCACUAUGAAUGGCCGAGAGUACAAUCUCUCAGUGGGAGACUGUCUUCUAAUACUUGAACAGACUGAGUAUCGCUGGAAGAGGCCAAAGGAUUGUGCUGCUUUAUAUGUUGCUCAGAAUCCAGAGAGGAAGAGGCCUUACUAAAUAGUGGAUGGAGAACCUUCACUAAUGAGCUCCCUCAACUUUAAAUCUCUUUGACUACAUUCCCUAUAAAUAGCAUGGACUUUAAUUACAGUGGAAGAAAAAUGUGUUUUAUUUGAAAGUAGCUGUAUUCCUGAAGGUGGGUGUAAGCAAUUUGUUUGAACCAACUGCUUCAGUCCUUGUGAGAUGGUGUUGUAGGAGAAAUCAAUGCUGGAUCUACUUCAGGUUACCUUAUUGAUGGAGAGAGCAUGUUCUGACAUUAAAGAAGCAGAAAAUCAAAUGUAAUAAUAUAGUUGAAGGGAAAAAACACCACACACACACACACACACACACACACACACACACACACAGCAAAUUAAUGAAGAGCUUUGGUCCAAAAUGCAUUAACUUUUUUCAGAGUGGGCUUCAUACAUGCAAGAAAUAUCAAUGCUAUAUUAUGAUGAAAACCACCUUUAUUAGAGAAAUAAAUGUGUUUUGCAUUGAAUGUCAUCAAAUUGUUAUAAAUGGAUAUACAGGGUUUUGGAGUGAAACUCUUCAAAUAGAAACUGAGCACUAAAAUGAGCAGAAAACUGCCACAUUGACGUGUGUUCUCUGUAAAGGCUGUGUUAACUUUUCACUUAGAAAAUCAACAAAACAUAUACUUUGACCAGGGGUGUUCAAACUUUUGCAUAAAACUUUAGUUUCUGUUAAACAAACGGAGAUAGCAGUAAAUGUGUGUAGAAUAUACCGUCUAAAGCUAAAUAAAACAGCCCUUUUCUCAGUUUUUAAACUGA